AUGAGCGGAAUUUCAUAUUUACAUCAUCGAGGAAUUGCCCACAAAGAAAUUUCGCUCAAGAAUAUUCGGGUGCUAGAUGAUGAUACAAUCAAAAUCACAGAGUUUGGAAUUUAUAGGCGGCCAGUAACUAGCUCAGGAAACACUUUCGUAUAUAUGCCCCCGGAAAUCCUGCAAGAAAAAGCGUUUGAUAAAUAUAAAGCUGAUAUCUGGACAGCUGGUAUAUGUCUUUACGCUAUGACUGCUAAUCAUAUGCCGUGGACAGUUAAUGAAUCAACGCCCGUAGAAAGUAUCUGGGAAGACAUACAAUCACAGAUAUGCCGUGGAGAGAUUAUUUUUGAUGAUAAUCAAUCCGAUAUUCUUCAAGAUUUAUUAAGCCAGAUGUUAUCGAUCGAACCAGAUUUUCGACCAGAUGCUGAUGAAAUUCUCAAUCAUGCAUGGUUAGAGAUGAUGGCAGGUGACCAAAUUAUUGAUUCACCCGAACCAAAUCAAAGAAUUAUUUCAACUGUUAAUUCUUUAAUCAAUGAUAUAGAAAAUAAGUAA